AUGAACAAACGCCCAAAAAAGAAGGGAAUAAUAAGGAAAGGGCAGGGAGAAAAAGAGGAAAAAGAGGAAAAAGAGGAAAAAGAGGAAAAAGAGGAGGAGGAAGAAGAGGAAGGUUUGUGCCCCAAGCACGGCGAGCCGCUGAAGCUUUUCUGCAAGGAUGACCGCGGCUGCAUCUGCGUGGUGUGCGACCGCUCCCGCCAGCACCGCGAGCACGCCGUGCUGCCCGUGGACGAGGCGUGCGAGGAGUACAAGGUUGUUUUAAUUAGGGGCUCAUUUGCAUGCCCGACGAGAAUUAAUCGUUCGUUCGAGCGCGGGUGCCUCAAAAAUCCAAAUUUUGAAGGUUUAAAAUUCCGAUUUUUUCCCCCAAAGUUUUGCGGGGUGGGCGGCGGAAUUGGGGUAAAAUCGUGGAAUUUUGGGUUUUUUCCCGUUUUUGGCAGGAGCGAGGAGGUGAAAUGUGAGAAACCCGUCCCCGUCUGCACCGACAUGAAAAUUCACGUUUGCAAUUUUUCCCUAAAAAACGAAGUUUUGGAGAAAGUCCUGAAAAAAUUCCAAGAACAGCUGCAGGACGAGCUGGGAAGGGGUGAAAAAGAAGACCUCACCUUGGACCCCGACUCGGCCAACCACCUCCUGAUCCUCUCGGCCGACCUCAAGACCGUCCGCAUGGGCUGCCGCAAGCAGGACCUGCCCGACCACCCCAAACGCUUCGACACCAACUCGCGCGUCCUGGCCACCGCCGGCUUCUCCUCGGGGCGCCACCACUGGGAGGUGGAGGUGGGACCUUCGGACGGUUGGGCCUUCGGGGUGGCCAAGGAGUCCAUCCGGAGGAAGGGCUUGACCCAGUUCUCCCCCGAGGAGGGCAUCUGGGCGCUGCAGCAGAACGGGGGACGCUACUGGGCCGUGACGUCGCCCCAGCGGACGCCGCUGAGCCUC